AUGUCAAGCCCAACUCCCCCAGGUGGUCAACGUACUUUGCAAAAGAGAAAACAGGGUAGUUCACAAAAGGUUGCGGCAUCCGUUCAAAAGAAGAACACAAACAGCAAUAAUUCGAUUUUGAAGAUCUAUUCUGAUGAAGCCACGGGGCUAAGAGUAGAUCCUUUAGUUGUGUUGUUUCUAGCGGUCGGUUUCAUCUUUUCUGUUGUUGCAUUGCAUGUUAUUUCUAAAGUUGCUGGUAAGUUAUUUUAA